AUGAGUCUGAGCUGUGAGGGACCAGCGGUUUGCCCAGUCUGCUUCUGGUCUCUUGGGCAGGGAGAUUCCGAGAGCCAAGCUGCUGCUGGAAAGCGAGCCUGCCCUGGAGGGGAAGGCUGUGGCCCCUGCUGCUGCUCGCGCCGUGGGGCCUGCCUCUCGGCCUUCCUGCUGCUACUGCUGGCCGUGCUUGCCGCCUUGCUUGUCGUGGCCACUGUCCUCGGACGUCCACCCCGCAUACCAGAGACCCAGUCCUGUGUGACAGUGACCAACAGGACGGGCUUCUUAUGCCAUGACCGAAGGCACUGCAUCCCAGCCCACGGGGUGUGUGAUGGCAUUCGCACCUGUGCCCAUGGUGAGGAUGAGGAGGAAAGCUUGUGCCGAGAUGUGCCCCAGAGCCUCCCCAGUUUCCUCCUGGCCCACUGUGGAGACCCAGCCUCCUGGAUCUACUCGGACCAGAAAUGUGAUGGCACCAACAACUGUGGGGACUGCUCUGAUGAACUGAGCCCAGUGACCGUGUGCCCACCUUGUGGCCCGGGAUGGUGGCGCUGCACUCCAACUGUUUUCAGGUACUGCAGCUGCAUCCCGAGGGUCCUGUGCCGGGACCGCGUGCAGCACUGUUCUGACUGGUCAGAUGAGUACGUCUGUCCUGGACCCUGA